AUGGCCAAUAGCAACCAAGGCCCAGUACAAGGUCAAAAUGCUCAACAACCAACAUUAUAUCGACAACGUUUUUAUACCAGGCCAAUGGCUCAAAGUGCUUUGGUCUUUGAUGGUAAAAGAAUGCGAAAAGCCGUCCAAAGAAGAACCAUUGAUUACAAUGCAUCAGUUAUUCGACAAUUAGAGAGUCGCGUAUGGCAAAGUGAUUACCGUGAUCAGCCUGUUAUACAGCCGGAUCCUUUAUAUUUUAAUAGUCUUUUGCCACCGUCUAGUAUGAAGCAGAAUCCUAUGAACGCUGUAACUACAAAAUUUGUUAGAACCUCGACAAAUAAGCAAAGAUGCCCCAUCUUUUGUGUAGUGUGGACGCCGGAAGGACGACGAUUAAUAACUGGCGCAUCCAGUGGCGAAUUCACAUUAUGGAAUGGACUAACAUUCAAUUUCGAGACUAUUCUACAAGCACACGAUACAUCUGUUCGCUCUAUGAUCUGGAGUCAUAAUGACACUUGGUUGUUAACAACUGAUACCGGAGGCUACAUAAAGUAUUGGCAAUCUAAUAUGAAUAAUGUACAAAUGUUUGAAGGUCAUAAGGAAGCAAUUAGAGAGGCUUCGUUUUGUCCAACCGAUAUUAAGUUUACCACGUGUUCAGAUGACGGUACUGUCAAAAUUUGGGAUUUUCUUCGAUGUGAAGAGGAAGUUACUCUUCGAGGGCACGGAGCCGAUGUCAAAUGUGUUGACUGGCAUCCACAAAAGGCUAUGAUUGCUUCCGGUAGUAAAGAUAGCCAGCAACCUAUCAAACUAUGGGAUCCUAGAAUUGGAAGUAGUAUCUCGACGUUACAUCUACAUAAAAGCACGGUCAUGGAAGUCAAAUGGAAUAAAAACGGAAACUGGUUGUUAACUGCUUCAAGAGAUCAUUUGCUAAAAAUAUUUGAUAUUAGAGCAAUGAAAGAGUUGCAAACUUUUAGAGGUCAUAAAAAAGAAGCCACAGCCGUUGCAUGGCAUCCUGUUCAUGAAGGACUAUUUGCAAGCGGUGGUUCAGAUGGUGCUAUGUAUUUUUGGAUAGCUGGUUGCGAUAAAGAAGUUGGUGGAAUUGAACAAGCGCAUGAAGGCAUGAUUUGGAGUCUCGCUUGGCAUCCUUUGGGUCAUAUUCUUUGUUCUGGUUCUAACGAUCAUUCCAGUAAAUUCUGGACUAGAAAUAGACCUGGGGAUAAAAUGAGAGAUAAAUACAACAUGGGUGCACUAGGUAGUAGUAACAUUUUAGAUGAAAACGAUCAAGCUGGUAAGCUGUUAUGUCCUUGUUGA